CACGGAGGCGGGUCCUGGCUGUGGAGGGCGUCGCGAUGGGCGGGGCGGGCCGUCUGUGGUCCGCUGGGAGCCUCGGAUCUCCCGCAGUUUUGCAGAACACUGAUAACUAUGGAUUCUAACAUGGACUUCAUUUAAAGAAACCCACGGACCAUUAAUGGACAAAAACAUGAAUCAAUUUGUAUGGUGGCAUUCAAAUCCUAGCAAUUUGAGAGAGAGCUGCAAGGAAGAUUUGGUGAUACUAUAGUAGGUUUUAAACCUUAACAUCAGAUUGUUCCCAUUAAUAAGAACCAAUGAAUAGUUUUGGAGCCCUCUCUUCCAUCAGAACUGUUUCCUGCAAAUCCUCUGAGUGUCAUCUCAGGACCUCGGUCACACUCAUGGCACGAUGGCCAGCCCUCAGGAGCACCUGAGCUGCUCCUCUUCUCCACAUUUAUCCUUGAGUGAAAACAAAACCUUCAGUGGAUUACAAGAUGAGCUCACAGCCAUGGGGAACCACUCUGCACCCAGGCUGCUCGAGGACCAGCAGGAAAAGGGGGUGGUGCAAACAGAGCUCAUGGAGAGCAUGAGCAGCCCCGUCACUACCGCUGUGUUGACCAGCAUAAGCGAGGAUUCCAGGGACCAGUUUGAGAACAGUGUUCUUCAGCUGAGGGAACAAGAUGAACAAGACGUGGCUGUGUCUCAGGGGAAUGGCCACACUGUGGAUGGAGAGAGCACGAGCGGAACAGAAGACGUCAAGAUUCAGUUCAGCAGGUCGGGCAGUGGCAGUGGUGGCUUUCUUGAAGGACUCUUUGGUUGCUUGAGGCCUGUGUGGAACAUCAUUGGGAAGGCAUAUUCCACUGAUUACAAAUUGCAGCAGCAAGAUACUUGGGAAGUGCCAUUUGAGGAGAUCUCAGAGCUGCAGUGGCUGGGCAGUGGAGCCCAAGGAGCUGUCUUCUUGGGCAAGUUUCGAGCAGAAGAGGUGGCCAUCAAGAAAGUGAGAGAGCAGAAUGAGACAGAUAUCAAGCACCUGAGGAAGCUGAAGCACCCCAACAUCAUCGCAUUCAAGGGCGUUUGUACUCAGGCCCCAUGUUACUGUAUCAUCAUGGAAUACUGUGCUCAUGGCCAACUCUAUGAGGUCUUGCGAGCUGGCAGGAAGAUCACACCUCGACUGCUGGUAGACUGGUCCACAGGAAUUGCAAGUGGAAUGAAUUAUUUGCAUCUCCAUAAGAUUAUUCAUCGUGAUCUCAAAUCACCAAAUGUCUUAGUGACUCACACAGAUGCAGUAAAAAUUUCAGAUUUUGGGACAUCUAAGGAACUCAGCGAUAAAAGUACCAAGAUGUCCUUUGCUGGCACCGUUGCAUGGAUGGCGCCAGAGGUGAUACGGAAUGAACCUGUCUCAGAAAAAGUCGACAUAUGGUCUUUUGGAGUGGUGCUUUGGGAGCUGUUGACAGGGGAGAUUCCUUACAAAGAUGUAGAUUCUUCAGCCAUCAUUUGGGGUGUUGGAAGCAAUAGCCUGCACCUUCCAGUUCCUUCCACCUGUCCUGAUGGAUUCAAGAUCCUUAUGAAACAGACAUGGCAGAGUAAACCUCGCAAUCGGCCUUCCUUUCGGCAGACGCUCAUGCAUUUAGAUAUCGCGUCCGCAGAUGUCCUCGCCACCCCACAGGAAACUUACUUCAAGUCUCAGGCUGAAUGGAGAGAAGAAGUGAAAAAGCACUUUGAAAAGAUCAAAAGUGAAGGAACGUGCAUACACCGAUUGGAUGAAGAGCUCAUUCGAAGGCGCAGAGAAGAGCUCAGGCAUGCUCUGGAUAUCCGUGAGCACUAUGAGAGGAAGCUGGAGCGGGCCAACAAUUUAUACAUGGAGCUGAGUGCCAUCAUGCUGCAGCUGGAGAUGCGGGAGAAGGAGCUCAUUAAGCGCGAGCAAGCAGUGGAAAAGAAGUACCCUGGGACCUACAAACGACACCCUGUCCGCCCAAUAAUUCACCCCAAUGCCAUGGAGAAGCUCAUGAAGAGGAAGGGUGUGCCUCACAAGCCUGGCAUGCAGACCAAACGGCCAGAUCUGUUGAGAUCUGAAGGUAUCCCCAGUGCUGAAGUAGCUCCUACCGCAUCCCCCUUGUCCGGAAGUCCCAAAAUGUCCACCUCAAGCAGCAAGAGCCGAUAUCGGAGCAAACCACGACACCGCCGCGGGAACAGCCGAGGCAGCCACAGUGACUUUGCAGCCAUCUUGAAAACCCAGCCAGCCCAGGAGAAUUCCCCCCAUCCCACCUCCUCCCUGCCGCAGGAUGAGUCCCAGCACCCAUCUGUCCAUCACCAUACUCCUCUGCAGCAGCAAUACCAGCAACCCCCUGCUGCCUUGUCUCAUAGUCCCCACCCCAGACUCAAUAUGCACGGACAGGACAUGGCAACCUGCACCAACAACCUGAGGUAUUUCGGCCCAGCAGCAGCCCUGCGGAGCCCGCUCAGCAACCAUGCUCAAAGGCAGAUGCCAGGCUCCAGCCCUGACCUCAUCUCCACAGCCAUGGCAGCAGACUGCUGGAGAAGCUCUGAGCCGGACCAGGGCCAGCCUGGCCCCUGGGGCUGCUGUCAGGCUGACCCACAUGACCCUUACCUCCAAUGCAGGCCUGAACAGUGUGGGUCCUUAGACACACCCACCGCUGAGCCAGUGGGGAGGAGCCCCAACCUUUCCAAGUCACCAGCACAUAAUCCCCUCUUGGAAAAUGCCCAGGGUCCUGAGAAAAGGGAAGAAAAUGAAUUUGAUGGCUGUGGGUCUGCCUCAUCACUUGGCACCCCUCAUCACAUGACCCCCCCAGUGCUACCUCGAAAAACAAGGCCCCUGCAGAAGAGUGGGGAUGACUCCUCAGAAGAAGAAGGGGAAGUAGAUAGUGAAGUCGAAUUUCCACGAAGACAGAGGCCCCACCGCUGCAUCAGCAGCUGCCAGUCGUACUCCACCUUCAGCUCCGAGAAUUUCUCCGUGUCUGACGGAGAGGAAGGAAACACCAGUGACCACUCGAACAGCGCUGAGGAGCCGGCCGGCAGGCUCGAGGGCCGCCUGGCCGAGCAGCUGGACGAGCUGCUGUCCCAGACGCCCGAGAUCCCCAUCGACAUGUCCUCACACUCGGACGGCCUCUCGGACAAGGAGUGCGCCGUGCGCCGCGUGAAGACGCAGAUGUCCCUGGGCAAGCUGUGUGCCGACGACCGGGGCUACGAGAACCCGAUGCAGUUUGAAGAAUCGGACUGUGACUCUUCAGACGGGGAGUGCUCCGAUGCCACGGUGAGGACCAACAAACCCUACAGCUCCGCCACCUGGUAAAGAAGAAGCCGGUCCUGAAGCCCCCGCGCGCCCCACCCCCAGACUCCGCUCACCCUCUCCCCGCUUUUUGCCUGGGAAGGGAGCUGCCCCGUCUUCACUACCCCUAGAAACGAGCUGCAAUAACAGGAACAUGAGACUUCGCAAAUCUCUGGAGAAAAAUACCCAAGUGAAAUUAAGUCUCACUGAACAUUUCAAUCAAGAAUGGCAGGGAUCUAUUUUAUUGAAUAUUCUAGCUACUGUAACAUUGAUAUUUAUUUUUGACAUUUUAACACUUUAUACUGUAAAGAGUGAACUAUAUAUGAUAUGUAGAGAGACACAAUAAUUUCUUGAAAAAAAAAAUGGAAAGCAGUGGAAUUUAGGAACAACAUCAUUUGGAAUUUGUGGGGCUGGGAGGUACUAUUGCUGCUGCAACAGGGGACCAGUUCCUUGGCCAUAAGUGAUGGCAGAAGAGCCAGAGCAAGACAUACUGAACAUUGUAGCUUGUGAAGGACAAACGAAAGGCAGGUCACUUGUGAACAGAGCACAUUCAGUCCACCCAGCUUGUCCAGGUGGAGGAUGGACCUGAUCUAGAGAAGUUGGGUGAACAGAUGCUAGCACCCGUGGUCUUUGAGGGCGUGUGCUUCCUGUGGGCGGAAACAAACUGCAUGCGGAAGCUGAUUUCAUUUUCAGGUUUAUAAGCAGCAUUUGGUAGUGAGGCUUGCAGAUAGUCCUUGGCAAAUACUCCCCUUGUUAAUGCUGUCACUGUCACUACCUUGACCAAUGUGUUAUCUUGACCAAUGUGUUGAUCUUUUAGAUUCACGUGCCACUUUCUUGUAGCUUAUGUCCUUUCCACUUCCUUUAGGAAAAAGGGUUGGGGGGUUCUGAGGAGAAAAGGAUAGGGAAAAAGAACAUUUGCAACAGUGUUAGAAAAGCAACUGUAGAAUUUGUAAAAAUAUAUCCUCAGGAGGGCUCGGUGCUGUCUGCUGGAGUCAUCUUGAUUCAAGCAGCAGAACAGCCUUUGAAGGCAGCUAGGAUGUCCGUCUGUGUCCAAGCCCAAACCCUCCUUUGUUUUUAUUCAAUAACUCAUUCUGUCCUGAAGCUUUGGUGACUGACUACCACUGUCAGAAGACAGGCAAGCUAGGCAGCUUAGAAAAGCAACCAAACCCUUUCCCAGCACAAUAGCGUUUGUGUUAAAUACUACUUGCAAAAUACAUUUUACUUCACUCUGAAUCAAAACCGUUUUUGGAUAACUGGAUUUGGGAAUUUGUGGGAAGAACAACUGAUGCCAAGCAGGGACUGGAAAGACUUUACAUUGUCCCAAGCACGAGGAGGUCCUACCUGUCUCCAGGGUCACAGACUCAGAAAAGCAUCCCAAGGUACUCCACAGCACCUUGGCUUAAAGGAAAAUUUUAACUAGAAUUCUGUGUACAAGCCCACGUGGACCUCGUUGCUGUCUCUGUCUGCCAGACAGGUCACUGUCAAACGACCUCUGUAGACUCUGGAAGCGCUGACAGCACAUCAUGCUGGAAGUUAGGGGAGACUUGCACAUUCAGGUAUUAAAGCAUUUCCCGUGCAGGGAACAUGUUGCCCCUCCUCCGGGUUCCACUGACCGCAUCAGCCAAAAAGGAAAGGCAGGAGGGAGUUGAGAGCAGUUCCUUUCGCUUGUCUGAUCCCUCCAUUUGUUUACACUUUAUGUUGAGACAUUGAUUUAAAAUGUAGUGUCUAUAAUUUAUAGCAUCUAGGUAGGAUGAAGGAAAAUGUGUAACUUAUACAGAGGACAGUAUUGUUUGCAUUAAAUUAUUCCAUUUUGUAUAAAUUCUGUAGCUGGACUACAUGAAUGAUCUUAAGUUAUGACAUUAUUAUUGUUAUUUUAUAUUAUCAUUCUCAUUUUCUGUAGAUCAGAAGGUGUGUUUUAUGAUGUAACACAAUGAUUGUGUUUAUUGCUAACCAUGAAUUACAAUGGAUUUCAUGAUUUUAAUGAAGGAAUGAAAAUGGAACUGCCAUUGGGAAGCUCCCUGGUAUUCAUCUGAGCUGUAAUCCCUAAUUUUCUGUGUCCAGCAACAAUCAUCUGAGGAUGUGUGUCCCGCCCUGAAGCCCAGUGAACACAUUGUGAUUUUGACUUGACCAUGAAAGCUCCUAAGCGGGCAGAUGACUGAGUGGAUGGACAAGUAGUUCAAAAGCUGUAUACUUUCCCAAGUUUCCUAAGAAUAAAAUCAUGGGACUACA